CCAAAACCCUUCUCCUUCCCUUAUCCAUUUCCUUGCCUUCAUCCUUACUUCCGACCAUUCCAAGCAACCCCAGAAAGGAAACGCGAACCGUGGAGGAAGAAGAGGAGGACACUAAUGGCUCUUCUUCCGCUGUCCUCCGCGUCCCCUUUCUCCUACCGGUCGGCCUUCCCCUCCGCCCCCAGUACCCGGGCCUUUCCCGUCCUCAACGCCUUCCCGGCGACGGAGAGGAAAUCCCGCAGAAAGAAGAAGAAAUCGAGGCACGACGAUCCCGAUUCCCUGUCUUCUUCUUCUUCCGGUGGGUUGUCGGUGUCGACCGUGGAAAAGGGCCUGAGGUUCGCCUUCAUGGAGGAGCUCAUGUGGCGCGCCAGGAGCCGCGACCCGGCUGGCGUGGCGGACGUGAUAUACGACAUGGUUGCCGCUGGGCUUAGCCCUGGGCCGCGUUCUUUCCAUGGGCUCGUCGUCUCUCACACCCUUUCCGGUGACGAGGAGGGCGCGAUGCAGUCAUUGAGAAGAGAAUUAAGUGCCGGCCUACGCCCUCUGCAUGAAACUUUUAUUGCUUUGAUUCGUUUGUUUGGCUCUAGAGGUCAUGCAACCAGGGGCUUGGAAAUUCUGGGUGCAAUGGAAAAAUUGAAGUUUGAUAUCCAGAAGGCUUGGCUAGUCCUUGUUGAGGAGCUAGUCCAUAAUCACCAUUUGGAAGAUGCCAAUACUGUAUUUUUGAAAGGAGCUAAAGGAGGUUUGCGAGCCACCGAUGAACUUUAUGAUCUUUUAAUUAAAGAAGACUGCAAAGCUGGAGACCAUUCUAAUGCUUUGACCAUUGCAUAUGAGAUGGAGGCUGCAGGAAGAAUGGCUACCACAUUUCAUUUCAACUGUCUCCUUAGUGUACAGGCAAAUUGUGGAAUUCCAGAAAUAGCUUUUGCAACAUUUGAGAACAUGGAGUAUGGGGGUGAAGAUUACAUGAAACCUGAUACCGAGACAUAUAACUGGGUAAUCCAGGCAUAUACAAGGGCAGAGUCCUAUGACAGGGUACAGGAUGUAGCUGAGUUACUUGGGAUGAUGGUUGAAGAUUACAAACGUUUGCAGCCAAAUGUCAAAACUUAUGCGUUGUUAGUGGAGUGUUUUACAAAAUAUUGUGUUGUAAAGGAAGCAAUUCGGCAUUUUCGAGCCCUUAAGAACUUUCCAGGGGGCACAAGGGUUUUAUAUAAUGAAGGGAACUUUGGGGAUCCACUCUCGCUUUAUGUACGAGCUUUAUGCUGUGAAGGAAGAGCUGUUGAGCUGCUGGAAGCUUUAGAAGCAAUGGCUAAGGACAAUAAACUUAUUGCACCAAGAGCAAUGAUUUUGAGCAGAAAAUAUCGUACACUUGUGAGUUCCUGGAUAGAACCUCUGCAAGAGGAAGCAGAUGUGGGAUUUGAAAUUGAUUACAUAGCCAGGUAUGUUGUAGAAGGAGGGCUUACAGGAGAACGCAAGCGGUGGGUGCCACGGAGAGGGAAGACCCCUCUAGAUCCAGAUGCUCUUGGUUUUGCCUAUUCAAACCCGAUGGAAACGUCUUUCAAGCAGUGCUGCCUUGAGGAAUGGAAGAUCUACCACCGUAAGCUUCUAAAAACCUUGCGCAACGAAGGACCUUCGGCUUUAGGUGAUGUUUCUGAAGCUGAUUAUAUUAGGGUCGAGGAAAGAUUAAAGAAAAUAAUUAAGGGGCCUGACCAGAAUGCUUUGAAACCAAAGGCUGCUAGUAAAAUGAUAGUCUCAGAGUUAAAGGAGGAGCUAGAAGCACAAGAUUUGCCUACUGAUGGAACUAGACAAGUCCUCUAUCAGCGAGUGCAAAAAGCAAGAAGAAUAAACCGCUCACGUGGUCGUCCACUUUGGGUUCCUCCUGUGGAGGAGGAAGAAGAGGAGGUCGAUGAAGAACUAGAUGAAUUGAUAUCACGUAUCAAGCUUGAAGAUGGAAAUACAGAGUACUGGAAACUCCGUUUUCUUGGAGAAAGCUUAACAAAUGUUCAUGAGAAGGAUAUUGUAGUAGAGGAUUCUGAACUUCAUGAUAUAUUGGAUGAUGCGGAUGCUCUAGAGGAUGGGACAAAAGAAGCAGAAGAAGAUGAUGUAGAUGAAGAGGAGGAAGCGGUUGAACAGACAGAAAACCAAGAAGGCGAUGUGAUUAAGGACAAGGUAAUUGAGAGAGCCAAGCCUCUUCAAAUGAUUGGCGUUCAGUUGCUAAAGGACUCUGAAGAAACAGCUCCUUCUUCAAAGAAAUCAAGACGGAGGGUUGCCCGAGCUUCUAUUGAGGAUGAUGCUGAUGAAGACUGGCUUCCAGAGGAUAUACAUGAAGCAUUUAAGGUCAUGAGAGAGAGGAAGAUUUUUGAUGUAUCAGAUAUGUUCACAAUUGCAGAUGCUUGGGGUUGGACUUGGGAGAGAGAAUUGAAGAACAAAAUGCCUCGUAAAUGGUCACAAGAAUGGGAAGUGGAGUUAGCAAUUAAAAUCAUGCAAAAGGUUAUUGAAUUAGGUGGGACCCCAACCAUUGGAGAUUGUGCCAUGAUACUCCGUGCUGCUAUAAGAGCUCCUCUGCCAUCUGCUUUUUUGACAAUCUUGCAGACAACACAUAGUCUUGGCUAUGCAUUUGGGAGCCCCUUGUAUAAUGAAGUUAUCCUGCUGUGUCUUGAUCUUGGAGAAGUGGAUGCAGCCAUUGCGAUUGUUGCCGAUAUGGAGACUACUGGAAUCAAGGUUUCAGACCAGACGCUAGACAAAGUGCUCUCUGCUAGACACGGUGUUGAAUCUACUUCAGAUGAGUCAGCAGCUCAGGAAUAGACCUUCUGGAAGAUCGACACGAAGGCUUCAGAUCCUACAGAGGAAAUCAUUCCCAUGGAUGAUAUGUCACAUGCUAUCUUAACUGUAAACCAGGAGCAGCAUGGAGCCGACAUUUUACGGGUUAUCAUGCAAUAUUCAUGACAAGUCUUUUCAAUUGUAACAUCCUUGGGGAGUCCGUGGGGGCAGAGCAUGGAAGUUUUGUUCUUUACUGCUGUUCAAGUGUAUCAGUUUUAAGUCUAACUUAAACCAACGUGAGUAACUUGGGUUUGCCUUGAGUUUCCCCGAAAAAGAGGUAUGCUGAUAAAAUGUAUUCUUGUGGGCUUCAUUCACUUGAAAUUUGUAAUAUAAUCGUCUCAUUGUAGGUAUCUUAUGUAUAUUUUGAGCAGUGGAUAAGAUCUUCAUUUUGAUGUGCAAGGUGAAAAGAGGGACAUCCUAUA